AUGGAAGACUUUCUAAGGCCCGGCCGACGAAUCUCGCGAAAACCUGUCGCUUCCAAUAAUGAGAGUUAUCCGCUGUCCUCAAUUCCAUCGACUUUCGCAAAUGUAUCGCUCGCUUCCUCUGUCGAAGACCAAGAUGCCACUAAAGCGCAACCAGAUUGGAAUGUUGAGGCUGCCUGUUGCUUCCUGGGAGUAAUAUCUCUGGCCGCCAUUGCAGCGACACUGACGCCUUUUCAAGGACGACCACUACCUCAAUUACCUUACGACGUGUCCCUAAACUCGCUCAUCUCUCUAUAUGUCCUCUUACUCAAAGCAGCAAUGUUCGUAAUCUUGUGCUCCGGCAUUGGACAGCUGAAAUGGAACUGGUUCGAAAACACCAGGCCAUUGCAAGAUCUGGAAAGAUUUGACGAGGCAUCUCGAGGCCCCAUCGGGGCAUUCAAGCUGAUUUGGGGUCUUCGCGGCAGAAACAUAUUGGUCACACUUGGAUCUGUCAUCACCGUUCUCUCAAUCGCUAUUGAUCCUUUCGCGCAACAGAUUGUCAGAUACUCGGCUUGUCAACAGAUCUCUUCGCAAUCCGAGGCUUCCAUUCCCAGAACAAAUUUAUACAGCAAUAGCGGCAUCCAUAUCGGAGCGAAUCUUGACUCCGUCGAUCUCGGUAUGCAAUCCGCUGUCAACGUCGGAGUCUUCAGUCCAGACACCGUUACGACACCUUUCACUUGUGAUACAGGAAACUGUACGUUCCCCCAAUACAGGAGUUUCGCAUAUUGCGGCACUUGCAACGAUAUAUCAUCAGAGGUGGUGAUCACUACAUCCAAUGAGACUCUGAUAUUCUCUGACAAUUCUACUUAUACCCUUCAGGAUGGAUUAAACUUUACACUGCCAUCUGGACUUUCGGCGACUCGAUAUGAGGCCCAUCAAUUCGCGAUGGGUCCCAGCACUGGGACCCUGGGAGACACUAUCCAGGCAAUGCUCGGAGACAGUAACGGUCCGUACCAAAAUGGAAACGUGACCGAGACAUCAUUCGCCUGCGACCCGCCAACAUUGGAAUGGGGAUGUCGAGGAUACGGAGCAGCGGAGUGUUCCCUGGAGAUGUGCAUCAAAACAUAUAGUGCAUACAUCGAAAAUGGAAAGCUUUAUGAAACAGAACUAUAUUCGGAUCCGGCGGACUUCAGUGCGAGCGACCCAAAGAACAACAUGAGUAGCACCGAAUACCUCUCUACGAUCGAUAUGUCAUGUGUGGAUGAAGCCGAUAAGCAGACCUUGACACAAGAAGGCUACACGUGGAAUGACACAACAAAAUGGCUGGGAUACUAUACACCCUACCCUGCUGGUAUGAGCGCUGCACAAUUGACAGCAGCAGGAGCCAAUUUGUCUGCCGCGCCAGUUUCCACCAUCAACUCAGCGUGUGUAUACCAGACUGAAUCCGCUUCGAUUGAAAGUCUAAGCAGCUAUUUCGAGACGCUCUUCGCGGGAUACGCAGGAGAGGUGUCUGAAGACGUAGCACAAAGCAGCGAUCUGAUGGCUGCUAUGUUCAACUCCGGCAAUGUCAGCGACGUCACGCUUGCAGACACUUUCAAGAAUAUCUCCAUCUCGAUGACGAAUUAUAUCAGGCAGAAUGGAGAUCCCGUAAACAGUAAAUACUCUGUCGGACAGGUUUUGCUCUCAGAAACUUGCGUUCAUGUCCGCUGGCAGUGGUUGACAUUCCCUGCCGCACUAUUUGUAUUGACACUUGUCUUUUUCGUGGGAAUGGUGAUCAAGACCACAUCGAGAUAUGCUUUGUCUAGUGGCAAUCAUGACUUCAAGUCGUACGCUUUGCCAUUGGUGUUCACCGAGCUGGAGACGCAUCUAUCUCAAAGACCGCAAGAAUUGAGGUUUGGAAUGAAUGAGAUGGCGCAUGAAGCCAGAGGUAUGCGUGUGAGGCUCAGCAAGACGGAAAAUGGGUGGAAGUUUGUCAAGGAUAAUUGA